AUGUCGGUCCACCUCGCAGCCGCGCUGCUCAUCGCGCUCCUCGCCCCCGCCCGCGCCUCCGACGUCUCCUCGUUCCCGCUCACGCAGGCGCAGUCCCCGUCCAACGCCUCCGCGGGGCCCUCCUCCCCGCCCUGCCGCCUCGACCUCUCCGCGGAGCUCUUCGGCGGCGUGGCCGCGGCGUGCGGGGCCGGCGGCGGGCCGGGCUCCCUCGACCGCGGCCGCUGCUGCCCCGUCCUCGCCGCCUGGCUCUUCGCGGCGCACGCGCGCACCGCGCUCUCCCUCCCGGCGCCGGCUCCGUCGGGCCUCGACGGCGGGGACGAGGACGAGGAGCCCAUGGUGCCGUACGACAACCAGCGGUGCGUGGACGCGCUGGGCACCGCGCUGGAGAAGCGCGGGGUGAAGAUGUCGGGGCCCAACAAGACGUGCGACAUGGUGCUCUGCUUCUGCGGCAUCCGGCUCCACCAGAUCGGCUCGCUCCGCUGCCCCGCAGCCUUCGCCGUCGGGACGACCGCCGCCGCCGCCAAGAACGCCACGCCCACCGCCGCCGUCAAGGACCUGGAGAAGAGCUGCCGCAACGCAUCCUACGCCGGCUGCUCCCGCUGCGUCCAGUCCCUGCAAAAGGUGAAGGGGAACGUGAGCCGGGAGGCGACCGGCGGCGACCGCGCACGGCGGAUGCUGGGGCUGGACUGCCAGCUGAUGGGCCUGACGUGGCUGCUGGCCAAGAACAAGACGGCGUACAUCCCCACCGUCUCCGCCGUGCUCCGCGCCAUGCUCUACAGCGCGCACCCGACCGAGUCCGGCGGCGGCGGGGGUGGCCACUCCAGGGUCGCCGGCGGAGGCAGCGCCGCGCCGCCGCGGUGCAGCCCGGACCAGGAGAACAUGCCGCUGGCCGUCGACUCGCUGCAGUUCGAGCACGCCAGCAGCACCAGCUCGGCCGCUUCCGCCAUGCUCCGCGGUAUCGGCUGCUCGCUACUCUGCCUGGUGCUCUGCCUCGGCCUCGUCUCGGGCGCGUUCUUGUGA